AGUUUUUUUAAAAAAAAAACCAUUAUAUAACUUCUUUUUUUUAUUUUGUAGGGUUCAGGUCAGAUUUGAAUAGGAAAAGGUGAAGUCCUUUUUUUUUUUAUACCUUCUGCCCAAAUUUUUAGCAGAAGGAAAAACGUCUUUUACGAGUUUUUUCUUUUUUUAUUAUUAAUAAAACCCAAAUAAAAAACUUCAAAAAUGGAGUCAGCAUACAAAUUUACAGAAUAUAGAUAUAGGUUUCUAAAAGAAACAAAAAAUUUUUCUAGUGCGGACUCACGAACUAUGGUAAAAGGCCAAGAAAGAGCACGAAGAGACUCUAGUCUCAGUAAAACAGAACAGAACUUCCUGGAGUCAAUACGGAACGACGCUGUACGCAGAAAAGAGACUAUACAAGAAAUAGUUUUAAAAUGUUCAGCAACGUCUUUCGACGUCUAUAUAGACAAAAUUAAAAGACUCUCAUGGGAAAAUUCAAAGCUGCGAGAAGAACUGCGGCAGAAAGAUCACAUGAUGGACAAGAAAGGCAAGUUGGAGAAAACACAGGAACGAAUAAUAUCACAGAAAAAUGAGCAAAUAAGGAAAAUUUCACAAGAAGUAGAGAAAACGAGAUCAGAGGUAAAAAAGGUUAAGACUGAUAUCAACAAAGAAUUUGAUCAGCUGAAGAAAUCCAAAAAAGGCAGAUCGACAUCAAACAGGAGAAAACGGGAAGAAAUUUUAGAGAUACCAGUUUUACCCGAAAAUACCAGUAAUUAUCAGCAGUUUAAGGAGGCACGUGAUAUAUUUUUCUACGAUAUACCAAAAUAUUGGAGCGAGGAUGACGUAAGAACAAAUCUGAUGAAGAUUGGAACAGUUUACAGACUGCAAAUUCGAGGACAAUACAAAUACAAAACCGUUAAGGCAAAAAUCACUUUGAACGAAAAUUUUGAAAAAACGUUCUUGGAUGGACAUUUCGGUAUUUGUAUUAGCAAAAACUUUAUCAGAUGGUACAACGCGAAACUAGGUUUGAAAGGACGACAAGAACGGGAUCAAUGGCAGACUGUGAGAGACCUAACUAACGAGGAAAUGGAAUCCAUAAAGAAGGGAAAUACAUACGACUUCACGAAAAAACUGCAACAAACCUCCAAGACAGCGUUCAUCAAAAUCAUCAAAAUCACAAAAAAUUGGAAAGUGAUUGGAUAUUUUAAGAACCUCAAAGCAAUGGAAGAAGCAGUGGAGGAUUCAUGCACACAAGGAGAUAUCAACAGAGUUUGGCUUGUGAGAAAUAAGAAGACGAUAUAUAAAGACGGUGAUGCAAAGACAAGGGCGACGAAAUCACCCAUCACACCACCGGAGAGAAUUUAUAGAGAAUUAGGAAACUUCGCCUCACGAAAAGAAAGCUUAUUACAUCCAUCAAAAGCGGAUAAUCCACUAAGGAUAAGCAAGACACCAGACAAAAAUGAAGUUGUCGAGAUGAUCAAAAAUUGGAGAGUAGGAGAAGAGAUAUCAAGAAUCAACCAACGAUGGAAGUUUGGUAGACAAAUUGAAGGAAGUGAAAGAUAUCUUCAAUCAAACGUCCAAUGCAAUGGAAUGGGAAAAAUUAAUGUCGAGGCCGUAGACGAAUUACGCAAGGAGCAUGGGAUAAAAAAUUGGGACGAAGCAAAGAAUUGGGCCUUGGAAAAAAACAAUUUUUUCCGUUUAGGACAAAAGAUUAUAAGUUUAGCGGAAAAAUCAAAAAUAUUUGAAGAAUAUACUACCCUAAACGAUAAUUUUAAACAAAGAUUGGAGAACGAAAAUCACUACCAAGAUGAAAAGAAGACUGGCGAAAAAAGACCAAUAUUAGAAUCGCCGAGUAAGUGGAGUGACAUAGAGGAUGAAGAGGAGAGGAACAAGGCUUUCAAGGCAUUUUAUUUAGAAAAAAGGCAAAGAGAGCAGCUGAUCCCUUCCCCUUCCACAAACGAAGACAAAGAAGGAGACGAGGAAGAAGAAGAAGAAGAAGAAGAAUUAGAAACUAAGGCAUCACCAUCAAAGAAGAACAAGACAGAUUUCAAACAAAGAUUGGAGAACGAAAAUCGCUACCAAGAUGAAAAGAAGAUUGGCGAAAAAAGACCAAUAUUAGAAUCGCCGAGUAAAUGGAGUGACAUAGAGGAUGAAGAGGAGAGGAACAAGGCUUUCAAGGCAUUUUAUUUAGAAAAAAGGCAAAGAGAGCUGAUCCAAUCCCCUUCCGUGAAAGAAGACAAAGAAGAAAACGAAGAAGAAGAAGAAGAAGAAGAAGAAUUAGAAACUAAGAAAAGAACAGGUCUACAAUAUCACCCAUGUCUGCCACCUGUGGAUAAAUAA